UACAUUGUCAAAAUUCAUGCUGUCAGCGCAUCUAUCUUCUAUCCUAAUGGGUAGGCUUUGAAUUGGGGAUCUAAUACCAAAAGCUAAGUUAAGUGCCAUCAUAAAUCCACUUGCUGAUGAAUUGAUGAUAUAAUAAAAGACAAAGAAUAAGACUUUCAGGAAUAGAUAGGGUUUGCUAUUUACUACUUUUCACAAUGUAACUGGCCUGACUUGCUGAUGUUGUGGCUGCCAAUGGACCGAAUAACAAGUGUUGUACGUUUUCAUAAAGAUAAAAAAUAUUAUUCUCCAGCUUGCUCCACCUUGCCUCUUUCUCUUCUUAUUUAUAGGGAGGCAGCAUGGCAAUCUAGUGCAUACCAUCCCCUUGACUUCAGUCUUCUCCUUUGACCGAGGCAUUUUGUUCCUUCCCUGCUAUACUUGUUCCUUUAGAAGAUUUGACCCUCCAUUUGAUUUCAAAUCCUUCUUUACCUCUGUCAGGCUCUUUCCCUUCAUCUACUCUAGUUUCCUAUACCUGUAAACCUUUCAUUACCCAAGUAAUGGCAUCCAGCUCUAUGACAUCUUCACGUAGCUCCGGAUCCUCCUGGACACCGAGACAAAACAAGCAAUUUGAAGAGGCUUUAGCUUACUAUAAUAAGGACAGUCCUGACCGCUGGCAUAACAUUGCCAGGGCUGUAGGUGGAAAGUCAGUGGAGGAGGUGAAGAGGCAUUACGAAAUCCUUGUGAGGGAUAUUAUGCAAAUUGAAUCAGACCAAGUGCCUUUACCCAAUUAUAGGGAUAUUGGAAGCAAUGGCCGUGGAUUUGCAAAUGAACAGAGGCUUCUGAAGAAUCUAAAGCUAUAAUGAAGCUAUGGGAAGGAAUUUCUACUAUAACAAGGUUCAUGGAAGGAAGAGCAUAAAGGGUUAUAGGAAGAAAGAGGUGGAUUAUGUGUGUUUGUGUGCAUUAUUUUCAUUCUGUUUCCUUAUUUAGUCAGAUGUCAUUGCAAUCCACCUAAAAAAUGGAGCCUAAAUUUGCAGAAAAUAGCAUGACAAGUAUUAUGUAAUAAUUUUUUGUCCCUAAUUGUAAUGUAUUCUCAAGUUUAAGAAUGUAUAAUAUUGUGUCAAAAA